AUUUUCCUGUAUUUAUUAUAGGUAUAGGAAGAAUGCCUAUCUUUUCAUCUACUACUUAAUCCAAUUCUGUGGCCACUCAUGGAUAUUUACAAAUAUGACGGUCAGAUUCUUUUCAUUUGGAAAAGAUUCAAUGGUUGACACUUUUUAUGCAAUUGGACUUGUGAUGCGACUUUGCCAGUCCAUUUCCCUCUUGGAGUUGCUGCACAUAUAUGUUGGCAUUGAGUCAAACCAUCUUCUUCCUAGGUUUCUGCAGCUCACUGAAAGAAUAAUCAUCCUCUUUGUGGUGAUCACCAGUCAAGAGGAAGUCCAAGAGAAAUAUGUGGUGUGUGUUCUAUUCAUUUUUUGGAAUCUAUUGGAUAUGGUAAGGUACACCUACAGCAUGUUAUCAGUCAUAGGAAUUUCCUAUGCUGUCUUGACAUGGCUCAGUCAAACUCUGUGGAUGCCAAUUUAUCCUUUGUGUGUUCUCGCUGAAGCAUUUGCCAUCUAUCAGUCACUGCCUUAUUUUGAAUCAUUUGGCACAUACUCCACAAAGCUGCCCUUUGACCUACUCAUCUAUUUCCCAUAUGUGCUGAAAAUGUAUCUGAUGAUGCUUUUUAUAGGUAUGUAUUUUACCUACAGCCAUCUUUACUCAGAAAGAAGAGACAUCCUCAGAGUCUUUCCCAUUAAAAAGAAGAAAAUGUGAAGCACGGCACUCAUGUGACGUAAGAAAAGAGAGGCUUGUGGAUUCAGCUGCAGUAAACACAAGACAGGAAGCGUUCGGGUGGAAAAAUACCUAGUAUGUGACAGAAGUCUGUGAUGAAGUAACAGCACUCCUCCCCAGAACUCUUGACGUAAUCUAUGUCUAUGUUUUUCACACAGUUUUCAGCACGAAUACUUUGCACAACCUGUUUCACCAAAGCUGUGGAUUUUACACAAGUUUAUAUUGUGUGAAGCCUGAUUAUUUCCCUGUAAGGUCAAUGAGAAACGGGAAAUUAACUGAAGUAGAUUCAAUUAAACUGAGAAACCAGAGUUGUUAACCUAAA